AUGAGCUUCUUACACGAUCCACCGAGGGGCCAGCCACUCCCUGUAUACAGGAUCAACCUAUCGCUUCCUCCAGAAGAGCGCUAUGUAUCACUCGCACGACUGUACAAAGACAAGAUGCGAGCACUGACCAGCUUGUUCGAUGAUGUGGUCCACGAAAUAUCCCCGAAGAUCCCCACAAAACCAAUUCACUGGCUUGCCUGGCUUUUCCUACGAGGGCUAUACACAACCGAAGAGACAGCUGAAAUCCGGGGAAUCAGUCGCGAAACCGGUAUCAAUCUUUACAUGCUGAUUUCGUUCAACGUCGUCCUGGAUUUGCUAAUGGGAUGCACCAGCGGUGGUGUUCGAGUUAGAGAUGGAGCAGAUACUAAGGUGGUGCAUUUCCGGACUCUAGACUGGGGGAUGAAUCCACUGCGAGAUCUGGUUGUGCAACUGGAGUUUGUCAAAGAUGAAGCUCCUGACAAGGUACUUGCAACCAGUAUCACAUAUGUUGGCUUUGUAGGUAUUCUUACGGGUGUUCGAAAGGAUCUCAGUGUUUCACUCAACAUGAGAGCUGUGCAUGAUUCUCGGCGGAAUAUGGCCUUUUACUUUAACCAUCUUUUGGUUUUGUUGGGGGUCCGACAGUCCAUCUCAUCAUUACUCAGACAAAUCAUUCUACCCGGAUCGCAUAAAUCUCAUGGCCGUCUUUCGAAUGUUUCGACUAUUGAUGACAUUAUCUCGAAAGUCCCUGGUAUUCCCACCACGGCAGCCUACCUCAUCUUCUGCGACGGAACCACGACCUUGACCUUGGAAAAGGACCUUUGCUCUGCAGUGGCACGCUCCUCGGAAUCCUUCAUUAUCACAACAAACCACGAUCAGGAUUCCAACUCUGCUACAACUGAAGCUAUGGCAGAUGGUGGAGGACAUGCAGGCGUGCGACUUGCUGGCUCUGAGCAGAGCAUAGAAGAAUUCAUCGACGAAAGCAAGACACGACAAGCCUGUAUGCAAAAGAAAUGGGAUCGCCGAGUUCAAGAACGUAUUUCUACCCAACCAGGACUUAAGAAAAGGGACAUCAGAGAGACUGCUCCUAAUCGGGGAACACAUUCGAUGCAAUUGAGACAAAGGCAGGAUAUGCCGAGUAGCGUGGAGCCAGGUCCUGAGCUCGAGAUGUCUGUCACACAGGACACAGCACUCCGGUGGCUUUGGUCAUACCCGAUUGUCAAUGAAGACACUCAUUAUGCUGUGCUUAUGGAUCCAGUGGAAGGUAGUUUUAUCUAUACUGGACUAUUUCCUGUGCCCCCAGGAAGGGAUGAUAUGGAAGAGAAUUAG